CUCCUACAAAAGUAGGACAUAGAGGUGGACCAUUCAGUUACGCAUCCCUAUUAAACAAUACUCAACCAUCCUUUGGUGAUGACAUGAUGCUAAAGGAUGACCAGAAUCCAUCCUUCUAUAUUGUGAGGGAUGAUUUGUUGCAUCCAUUGGUGAACGGUAAUACGAGAAAAUUGGACGGACUGCUUCCUCUAAUUGAAGAUCACUCAGUGAGUGACGUGGUUACUUGUGGAGGUUGUCAAAGUGCUCAUGCGGCAGCCGUUGCUGUUUCAUGUGCAGAGAGAGGACUUAAGUCACAUUUGCUUCUACGGGGGGAGCAGCCUGAAAUUCUGACUGGUUAUAACCUGAUUUCGACACUAUAUGGGAAUGUCACAUAUGUUCCAAGGUCUCUCUAUGCAAUAGGGACAAAUGCUGAAAAGCAUGCUGAUUUGGUGGGCAACAGUGGUUAUGUUGUAUGGUUCAAUGAUAUCUUCAAGCUUCUUUUACAACUCAAAGUUCUAGCACUUCAGACUUAUCCAAAUGGAUGCUAACAGAAGUGCUGAAUAUCAUCCAGAAAGGUUGUAAUGGUCAAUGAAGGUGCAGGGGAUGCUGUGGCCAUACUAGGUGUCAUUCGCCUCAUUCAUUACUUAUCCCAGAAUCAUUUACUUGGUAAAGAGAGCUUGAAAUUGGUUGUAGAUGCUGGUACUGGGACGACUGCUGUUGGUUUAGCACUUGGGGCCUAUGUUUAGGUGUGUUCUAUGCAUUUUUAUUUUCUUUUGGUGAAGAGAAUAAACGAUUGCAAUUCUUUGUUAUGCUAUGAGUCUUCAGAGGCACAUUAUGGCUGCAUGGUAAUUGCUUCUGUUGCUUCCUGUCAGCUUCCCUGGGAGGUAACUGCCGUGAUGCUGGCUGAUACAAUUGAUGGUUACAAACAGCAAGAGAGACGCUGGUUUCUGAUUUCAAGAGUGCUUUAGUUUCACUGACUGACCACAGUUUGAAUGAAGUAGAUAGUGGAAUGGUGAAUUGGUACAACGUUUCCAUCCAAGAAAGUAAAAUGUCAUUCCUUCACUGUUUUAUUUUUAAUGGUGUUAUUCAAUCGAGCAUUUCAUAUAUUAUCUUUGCUCUGAGAUUUUUAUAUGAAUUAGUCCUUGUGCAAAGCAGAGGAAGUCGACGACUAAGAUACUCUAUAUGGAAACUUUCUCCUAACAAUAUCAAUUUUGUUAUUAAAAAUAAUAUGAUGUGUAAGAAGAAAACUUCUUCC